AUGACCGAUCAACAGCAACAAGGCGCCGCGGAGGCUGCUGCCGCGCCUGCUGCCACUGCUUCUCCCACUGCAACCUCGCCCACUCCCGUUGCCACGAUUACGGCAGCGCAAGCCACAGCCGCCGCAGCUGCGACAGGCGCCGCCGACAUCGAAGCCGACGAACCUGCUGAUAGCGAUGAUGCCUCCUCAGUCGCCGGCUUCUCGCGGGUCACCGAGUCACAGGCCUCGCUGAGAUCAAGCAUUCUCAACUACCGCCGCGAGAACGGCCGUACCUACCACCGCCUUAGCGAGGGUAAAUACUACCUGCCUAACGAUGCCUGCGAGCAGGACCGUCUCGAUAUUAUCAACCACCUCUGGGCAAUCGUAUUCGACGACGGCUUCUGCUCCUGCCCCAAGAACGACGGUGCCAAACGUGUUCUUGAUCUCGGUACCGGCACCGGCGCCUGGGCCAUGGAUUAUGCGGACGCGUAUCCCGACGCCCACGUUAUUGGCGUCGACCUUAGUCCAAUCCAGCCAGCCUAUGUGCCACCCAACUGCGCAUUCGAAGUUGACGACGUGGACAAGGAGUGGACCUGGUCCCAGCCGUUCGACUUUAUCCUCAGUCGCAACAUGAACAUGUCCUUCACAGCCGAGGGAUGGGAAAACAUGAUGAGGCAAGCCUACGACGCGCUUGAGCCCGGCGGCUAUCUUGAGAUCCAGGACAGCCGCUGGCCACUUACCUCCGACGACGGUUCUCUGACCGAGGACCUCCCAUUAUUCAAGUGGAGCCAAAUGUUGACCGAAGCUGCCGACAAAAUUGGACGCCCAGCAAACAUCACCGAGACUUUCGACGACGUUAUGAGAAAGGUUGGCUUCGAGGAUGUUCGGAAGACGCGCAUUCGCUUCCCCAUGUCGCCAUGGCCCAAGGACCCGAAGCUCAAAGACAUAGGUAUGUGGACUCAGGCGUCCCUUCUCCCUGGCCUUGAGGGCAUGUCUCUUGCUCUCAUGACUCGAGAGAUGGAUUGGUCCAAGGAGGAAACGAUGAUUCUGUGCGCUCAGGUUCGAAAGGAUUUGAGUAAUCCCAAAAUCCACGCCUAUUGGAAUGGAUAUGUGAUUUACGGGCGUAAACCUCUGGAUGCUGAGAAGGAAGAUGCCUAA